CUAGAGUCGGAGGGUUCCGCGCACCGGUGAUUUACAAGCACACGACCAGCACGCGACGAGAUGGCGCCCAAAGCCAGAAUAGAACGCUUUGUGCUUAUUGUCGGGCAUUUUUUAAACACCAGCGGUAGAGCUGGAUGGCUGGGAUGGACGGCGGUUUCAUCGAUUGGACGACCUGACCUUGUCACGAUCAAGCAGGUUUAAACAUUCAUGAUUAUCUUACAUGUUCCCCCAGCAUGAUCCUUGUCAAGCAUGCCGGCCUUUAAAGAAAUGUUAAAGCUGCAUGCUACUUUUGAUAUUCCAGUCUGGUGUUGACGCUUUUCACGCGUAGUAUAUUUCAGUCAGUAAUGCGUGCUGCACGUAUUCUGAGCCUCAUUCUCUUUGCCAAAGCAACAGCGGGGAUUCCUGCCAUCCACCAGCGUGAUGAUGCCAAUCCUAGCGCUGCCCUAAUUGACACAUCCAAAUGCUCUGGUUAUUCCCUGUCGGAUGCAUCCGACACCUCCGUCGGACGAUUCUCUGCCAAACUCUCUCUGAGCGACCAGCCGUGUAAUGCUUACGGCAAAGACUACCCAAACCUGGACAUCACUGUGGAAUACCAAACUCGCGAGCGUCUGCGUGUUCUCAUCCGUGACACACCUCAGGAGAACUGGUUCAUUCCUCCAGAGAUUGUGCCGAUCCCAAAAGCAGAGAACGGUGAAAAAAACAAGAGUAACUUGCGGUUCGAGUACGUCGCAAAGCCCUUUGGUUUCAAGAUUAUAAGAGUGGAGGAUAAUGAAGUGAUUUUCGACACCACAUCUCAUAAACUGAUUUACGAGGAUCAGUACCUUGAAGUCACGACCAGCGUACCAUCCCAUGCAAACAUUUACGGAGGUUCCGAGUUUAUCGGUCGCUUCCGCCGUAAUGAGCAAAGCACCACGCAAGCACUCUGGGCUCGUGAUGUUGCAACUCCCACGGAGGAAAACAUUUACGGUAGUCAUCCCAUGUACAUGGAAAUGCGGAAAAAUAAAGCGCAUGCAGUCUACCUGCGCAACUCGAACGGAAUGGACUUUAUUCUUCGUGAUGGCAUCGUUAGAUACCGUACGAUUGGUGGAGUUCUUGACCUCACCUUUUUCGCACCAUUGGGUGGAAAUCCUAACGACGUUGUUGCCGAAUAUACCAAAGUCAUUUCCCGACCUGCUAUGCCUGCCUAUUGGCAUUUGGGUUUUCAUCAAUCUCGGUGGGGAUAUAAGAAUAUCACCAAUUUGAAAUGGGUGAUGGACAACUAUCGAAACGCAAAUAUUCCACUCGAAACGAUAUGGUCGGAUAUCGAUUAUAUGGACAAAUACAGGGACUUUACGCUUGACCCGAUUCAAUAUCCCAAAGAGUUAAUGACCAAGUUUGUCAAAGAACUUCAUCAAACGGCGCAACACUUUGUAGUCAUUGUCGACCCUGGCAUUAGCACGAAUUCAACACCUUACCAACGCGGUUUGGAUGCCCAAGUCUUUAUGCAAAAUGAUGCAACUCAUACAGAUGAGAAACACAAGUAUUACAUCGGACAAGUUUGGCCUGGUUACACCGCCUUUGUAGAUUGGUUCCACCCAAAUGCCAGUGCGUACUGGACCGAUGAAGUUUCUCGUUUCCUGGACACCCUCGACGUUGAUGGCCUAUGGAUCGACAUGAAUGAACCCUCUUCAUUUUGUUACGGACCAUGCGGACUGGACGCACCUGAUCCGGCAGUCUUUCAACCAAAGACCCCGUUUGACUUACCUGGAGGCGACGACUUUACUCCACCAGACUUUUUAAAUGCCUCAAUCGAAGCUGCGCGACAAGGAAGACCAUUACCGUAUUCAACCUUGCCAAGGAAUCUCCACAAACGAGCCUACAAACCAAUGCCAAUCGAACAACAGCUAGAACCUCAUUACAAAAUCAACAAUAAAUUCGCCAAUCUCUCUGACCAUGCUGUUCAAACCAAUGCCACACAUUGGGGAGGACAGGACAAACCCCGUAUCAGUGAAGUAGAUGUACACAACCUAUACGGCCACAUGUGGGCCAUCGCAACCCGAAAGGCAUUAAUUGCAAAAAGAGCCAACAAACGCCCGUUCGUUCUCUCCAGAUCGACGUUUCCAUCAAGCGGUGCGCACACCUACCACUGGACAGGCGACAAUCAUGCCACAUGGGAACAUUUGCAUUACUCUGUGGUCGGCGUAUUGCAGUUCCAGAUGUACGGAAUAUCCAUGAUUGGACCAGACAUUUGCGGGUUCAACAGCAACACUACUGAAGAACUAUGCAAUCGCUGGAUGUCCGUAGGGGCGUACUUUCCUUUUAUGCGCAAUCACAACAUCCGGGGCACAAUUUCCCAAGAAGCCUACAUCUGGAACUCUGUGGCCGAAGCAUCACGAACACAUCUCCGUCAUCGAUACAGUCUCCUCCCUUACAUGUACACCCAUCUCUACCUAUCUUCCGCACAGGGCACACCAGCAUGGAAAGCCCUCAUGUACGAGUUCCCAACCGAAGCACCAACACUCUGGAUCGAUGCCCAAUUCUUAAUUGGACCCGCUUUACUCGUUUCACCCGUCGUUACCGAGAAAGCAACAUCCGUCACGGCCUACAUGCCCAAAUCCCGUUGGUACGAUUUUACAACCUUGAUCCCCAUCAAUGGACAAGGACGUAACAUGUCCUUUGAUGCACCAUUGGGGCACGUUCCCGUGCAUAUUCGCGGUGGAUACGUGAUUCCCAUGCAAGAACCUGGCUACACCACUACCGAAUCCCGCAAGAAUCCCUAUUCCCUUAUCGUAGCGUUAGACGAGAAAGGAAAUGCACAAGGAUUGCUAUACCUAGACGAUGGCGAAUCCCUCAACGUCGAUAAUCAUACUUCAAACAUCUCAUUUCAAGUAUCGAAUGGAAAAAUGGUUGCGGAUGGAACAUUCGGAUAUCAACCCAAUGACUUACCAAAGUUGACAAAACUUGUUAUACUCGGAUCGCAACCUGUCCAACAGGUCCGAGUGAAUGAUGCACAGAUUAUGUGCCAGAUUUCUUAUAAAGCUGAUCGGGGGUCCGUGACCAUCGAAGGAUUGGCGAUAGAGUUGACAGAGAGAUUUACGGUAGAGUGGGGUGUGGGACCGAUGAGUUUCCUUUCUAUCAGCUCUGGGACAGGUAUUCGUAAGGUGGACCUAGGAGUAAUGGGGAUGUUGUUGGUUUUCGUGGCAAGUCUCUGGUGGUGAUUUUAAAAUGAAUGUUAGAGUCAAUUUCUUAAAAACACAAAGAAGGAGCUUUGACGGAUGCAAGAUGACAUUGAUUUAGUGCUAUCAGCAGAAAGUAGCUACCUAUGAAGCCUACCUUUUGGAUCUUUUACAAUCGAUCGCCUCCUCGUAAGGCAAACAUUGUGAUAAAACAGACAUUGCACACAAAUGAGAAACUCACGCUAGAUGCAUAGUGAACUACCGCGAUAUACAUUAAAUGAUAUCUAAGUUACAA